AAGUAAAGAUAAAAUAUAACGGAACUUUUGCAGAUAAAUAAAAUUUGUUUAAAAUAGUGUGAAUUAAAUUUAUUUUUAAAUAAACACUAAUUAUUCCCUCUCUGCUUCUCAUAUGAAAGCAAAAUAAAGCAACGAAAAUAUAGCAAAGUAAUAAGAUAAAAUAAUGGAAUCGAAUAAAGAACAAAUGCUUAUGAUGCACACCAUGUGUCGAAAUGAAUUAAGUUUGUUAAAAAUAAAUCUGGAAAAAUUCAUUGAAGAAAGCGAACGCUGUCAAAAGCUUCUAAAUGAUUUUAAUGCCAUCGGCGGAGGAGGAGGAUUUAAUAACAUUUUUGGCCUGAUUGUUUUUGAUCGUUACAUGACACAGUUGGUCACUGUCUUGAAUAUGGCUCGCAAAUUUAACAUACAGCUGGAAAUUAAUAAUUUGGAUCAGACCGUGAUAAAUGCUGCAUCCAAUGGUUGUUUAGACGAUACGAAUUUUACCCAAACACGUUUACUGAAAGAUUUUAUCGAAUGGAGAAAUUCUAUUGUGCAAGAUGGUGCGAUUCAUGAUAGCAUUAAAACUGGUAGAAUCAAAAUGACUGAACAUUUAUUCGAAACAAAUGAAGAUACUUUACCUAGUAAUGAUAAAGCCCGAAUGUUAGAAUCUUUACUGAGGCAUGAGAAUAAAAGUUUGCUUAAUCAUCAUAAGCAGCCACAGAGCGAAUGCUUUACUAACAAUUCCAAAAAGAAUACAAUCAAUGAUUUAUUAGAUAUUAUAUUGCCUUCAAGAAGUCUUGAUAUCUUCCAAAAAGAUUACACUUUUCAUGCUUAUAUAGUUUAUGUGGGAGACUAUAAAAAACGUGAAUUUUUUAUUUGCCAAAUGGAUGACUACAAGACUCUAUAUGAUAUAAGCAGCAAUACAAAUUUCAAACCCAUUCCGAGGGAGGAUCUACCCACUGACGAUUUGUUUUGUGUAUUAGAGAUAAAAGAUACGACCCUGAGAAAAUGUGUAUGGAGAGCAGUGAUUGUACCAGACGAAAGUACAACCUCUGAAUCUCAAAAGUAUGCUUAUUUAAUCGAUUUUGGUGAAGUUAUACCAAUAACCGAUCAAUGUACAACAUUCGAAGCACCUUUACUCUACAGACAAAUACCUCCGCUGGCUAUAAAAUGUAUAUUAGAAGGCGUUCAGGAAAACCACUCGAAUUGUGUUAUUAAAGAUAAAAAAAAAUGUGAGCAGGCCUUGCAUAAAAAUGAAUUUGAAAAAGUAACAUUUCGUAUGUUACAUCAAGACAACCGAGUGCUACAUGUAGUCAUGUUGGAAACACCCACGAAAAACGACAACAAUUUAAUAAUGACAACAAAUAAACAAUCAAAUCCAUUUUUAGAUUUUGAAGAUUUGGAAAAUGAUGAUGAAAAUUCAAGCAAAAACUCAGCUGCAUUGCAAUUGCCCAGGUCAUUGCUAAAACAAGCUUCGCCUACAAAACAGCCGAGUUUAAAUAUUUUCAACGAAGUUGGUGAUAAAAUUCAACUAGUUGUAACACACAUUGUCAAUCCAAUAUCGUUUUAUGGAAUCAUACAGAAUGAUUAUUGCAGUGACUAUAAAACGUUCUCUUGGCAUGAUCAACAAAUAUCACCCUUACAGAAAGAAAUGUUUCCUCCACCACAACUAAAUGAUAUUGUUUUAUCGCAAUAUGUUAAAGAUGAUUAUUGGUAUCGUGCUAGAGUUAUAAAUAUUGAUACGAAAAGGCAUCUUUAUGAGGUUUUUUAUGUUGAUUUUGGAAAUACUGAAGUGGUAACUCUAAGUAAAUUAGCUAAAUGUUCUAAAGAACAACUUAAAGAUCCCUUGCGUGCGGUUCUCUUUCGUUUGUCUAAUCUUUCUAUUGUAACGAUGGCAGAUGAAAAUAAUGAAACAAAUUCGUAUAGUAUGAAAAAUCGUUUAAAAACUGCAAUCGCAAAUAUGGUCGUUACGAUACUUGAUCAAAUUCUAAAUGUUGAAAUUGUUCAGCGUAUUAACAAUGACUUGGUUGUGCGUUUAAUUGAUAGUCAAUAUGCCGAUAUACCCAAGAUGCUCGUUGAUAUGGGCGUUGUUGAGGAAAUCUAAAAUGUUAUAUAUUUUUUUUAAAUUAACUCUUGUUAUAUUAUACUUUAAAUUAUAAAGUAUUUUACUUUUUAUACUAUUUUUAUUAUUAAUUAAUUUUUGACUUAUAGACAAACAAAUAAAUGAAAAAGUUCGCAAUAUUUCGAUUAAACAGUUGUUUACAAAGGCAUUUAUAGUGUUUGGAGUUUUCGAUCUUUUUUACUUUAGUUGUUUGUACUAUACGUUCUAUAAAUUUAGUAAUUUAUGAAUUAUUUUAUAUUAUUUUUCUCUACUUUAUAGAUUUUAACAUUUUGAUUUUGUUAUUAUUUUUUAAUAAAUUGAUUUUAAA